AGCCUGAGGUUUGGAAAACUAUCGUGGGUGUGUUAUAUUUUGUCGUUGUCACGUGGAUAACUGCAAUAGUUAUGGUGAUUGUACAUGAUCGAGUUCCUGAUAUGCAAACAUAUCCACCAUUGCCGGACAUAUUCCUUGACAAUGUACCACUUAUUCCUUGGGCAUUUGCAAUUUGUGAAUUUACUGGCGUCCUAUUAUUUAUUAUUUGGUGUUGCAUUCUAAUCUUCCAUAAACACAGGUUUGUUUUAUUACGACGUAUGUUUUCCUUAUUUGGCUCUGUGUUUCUACUUCGUUGUAUAACAAUGCUUAUUACAUCACUUUCUGUACCAGGAAGACAUUUGGAAUGUAAAGCAAGGGUACGGAUUGUUUUUAGUAAUGAGCCAAGUAGUAAUUGGUGGGAGAAAAUUCAGACAGCAUUUUUAAUUUGGCAAGGUGGAGGAAUGUAUAUAAAAGGUGUUAGAACUUGUGGAGAUUACAUGUUUAGUGGUCAUACUGUUGCUUUAACACUUUUUAACUUUUUUAUUACUGAAUGUAAGUUAUGCAUUUAUAUUAUCAUUAUUAAUUUCCCAAAAAUGCCUGACUUCCUCAUGUUGGAAGUAUGGCGUGAUAUUAGAACUAUACCAUUGGUGGACCAAGGAGCAUAUAAAGGUGAAGGGCCACCUUCGAACAGUGCCAAAUCGUUGAUCUACCAAACUCGCUACUCCAUCUCUAGAUGUUAA